UACAGUAACGAUGCUUGGACGUGCCGUUUUAGCCUUAGUACUGUCCGUAUGUACAACUUACGGACAAAUCUGUACCGACACAAACAUCAACACUGUCGCUAGGGUUGUUUUCGGAGAAGCCCGAGGAGAACCGAUGAGAGGACAACUAGCUGUUGCUUACUCCAUUGUCAACCGGAAAAAUCACCAGGGUUAUCCUAACACCAUCAACGAUGUUGUUUACCAGAAGAGAUCAAACGGAAGAGAACACCAGUAUGACACGUUAGAUUUGCCAGGACACACCCGAGCUUGGAACGAUGCCAAAAAUAGGAAUACGCAGGAGUACCAAAACGCAAUAAAAGCGUCUGGUGACGCAUUAUGUAAUCGGGAGAGAGAUCCAACUGGAUGUGCCACAGAUUACUGCGCGUUUGAUCCUUGUCAUUCAACAACAUCUAAUUCAUGGUGGACUGCCACCAAUAAGAUACAGAUAGGCAACCAUUAUUUUGUGUGUCGCGUUCCUGCCAGUGGAUAAUGUUAAACAGAACGUUAUAUCUGUCUUUAACUCAAAUAAAUUUUUAUUAAUUUCAAUAUUAUUAUUUGUGUAUUGAUGCCACU